AGGUCACGUGACCAGAGCCAGCAGCUGAUCGCUCAUAGCUGAGCUCUGCUGUCGGCGUCAGUAGUGGCGCCGUGCAUUUCCAAAACAACAACCGGAGCCCAUCAUCUCAGAAAGUGAAAGGAUUUCAAGCCACGGCAGAUUAAACAAACGGCUGACAUGGCUCCAACACUGUUUGAUGAGAAACCCGAGCCAGGGGACCUGAUUGAGAUCUUCCGUGGCACUUAUCAGCACUGGGCUCUGUAUGUGGGGGAAGGCUUCGUGGUUCACUUGGCGCCACCCUCCGAAGCACCUGGUGCCGGCUCCAACAGCAUGAUGUCCGUCCUGACUGAGAAGGCAAUGGUUAAGAAGGAGGAGCUCUGGGAUGUGGUGGGAACAAACAAGUGGAAGAUAAACAACAGUCUGGAUGAUAAGUACAAGCCCCGUCCGCCUGAUGUCAUUGUACGAGAGGCCUGUAACAUGGUGGGUCAGGAGCUGCCCUACUGCGUCUUCAGGGGAAACUGCGAGCACUUUGUCAACGAGCUGCGCUAUGGCAAGGCAGAGUCACGGCAGGUGCAGAAGGCCGGUGAAGUUGUGAUGGUGGCUGGUAUGGCUGCUGCAGUGGGUCUGGGUAUCUGCGCUCUUGCCGGGGCUCUGUUUGGAGGAAGCAAAAAGGAAAACAAGGAGGACACCAAGUGACCGAGGUCCACAGUGGUUUAUUCUGCAGCUAUGAAUAACUCAUUACCAGCGUAGCCUAAAGGCCACUCAGCACAACUUAUUACUGAUAAUUCUGCCUAAGUCACAUACAGAUACUAUCUGUGAUUUUAACUGGAACUGACUGACCUGUUAGUCUUCCCCACUUUGUCUUUAACCGUUCAUCAGUUGAUCUGAAAGGUUCAGGUUUUCAUACAGGUUUAGGUUUUCAUACUUUUCUCAGUUCAAGGGUCUAAAAUUUCUACAGAGGACAAAGUCUUUUUACUCAUAAAUG